AGGUUUCUUCUUCGUUUUUGGCUCUCUGCCUCUUGCGAAAACAACAAAGAAACUUUGAUAUUUUUCUUCGAUUGAAUUAGUAAUCAUCAACUCGUCUCUUCUCCUUCAUGAAUUCAUCAUCUUCCAAGCCUCUUUCAUUCUCUCUAAUCUCAGUUGGUCUUACAAAAAACCUUUGCUCAGAGAUUCAACCCACAACCUCAACUUUCUUAGGGUCUCGUAGGGCAUUACGUCGUCGGAAUGGUAGAUCACUAGAUUGGAGAGGCACUGCUCGACGUCGCAGUUUGGAGUUGUAGUCGUACAUAUUUUUUUUGUCAAAACUCAAAACCCUAAUUUUGUAAUGGACCUGACCCAUAAUUGUGUUGUGGAUUUGUAAUUGUAACUGUAUAUUUGUGUAUUGGGCCUGUUGUUUGUUUUUUAUUAGAUUUCAUUUUUGUAAGUCCAUUUUUUUAAUUUGUGGUUUA